AUGAGGCUAAAAUGUUAAAAAUUUGAUGAUAUAGAAAAUUAAUAAUAAAUCAAUGAUUUAUUUUAAUAAAGAAUUUUAUUUGAAGAAAUUUAAUUGUAAUUAGAAAAUCAGUAUGCUGAUGGGUAGCAAUGCCCUCAAACAACUAUCCAGACUAAUGCUGCAUUUUAUGGAUCGUAUACCUUCAAUAAUUACUUGAAGCUACCAAAGACAAACAUUCUCCUAGCUAUUAGUGUUUAGUAUAGCGGAAAACAAGUUGCUCAUACCACAGUAUACUUAGAUGAUAUAUCAACAACAUAGGAUAAUGUUUUAGAAGUAGUUAGAACUGAAUAUCAAAUACUCCAAUUAGAUUAUAUAGAGCCUCUCAAAAAAAUUAUAGUCUCUAACUAAUCAUACGUUUUGAUUAUUGAUCCCUUUAGUAUAAAACCAAUAAAAUAAAUUGAUUAUCGAUAAGUUAUUGGCAUGAGUUAUAUCAAAGAUUUUGGUUUAAUUUUUAUGUGUAGUGGUGUCUGCGAAUGUUAUGUUGUUGAAAUUAAUUCUUUUAAAACUUUAUUUAGAUUUAACCACUGCUAAUAUGACUCUAAUCCUUUUAUUCAGAAUAUAUUUUCCAAAGCCUACAAGUAAAAUAACGGAGUAGUUCUUUUGGUUGUUUAAGAUUCUAUAGGUUUGUGCACAUGGUCUUAUCAAUAUAGGAAAGGUAUUUAUCAAUAUAAUUAUCAUCUUUAAUUAGAAGAUGGAUUUUUAAAUUCUUCUCAUAAUUAUGAUUCACAUGACCAAUAUGAUAUCUUAUUUCUUGCAGGAAAUAAUACUGUACUGAAAGUUUACAAUAUAUGUCACUUUUGCAAGAAUCAGCCAUAUAUACAAUUAUUUAACUAGACAAUAACUAAGACCAAUACAUAGUUUUAUAAUAUCAAAUUUAUAAGAGUUAAUAUAUCUGGUUAAGAAUAGUAAAGUAUUUUCAUAUCAGAUUUAUACAUUUUGUAUAGGCUUGAUUUUUAAGUUAUCACAGAUCCAAGCACGAACUAAGUUUAAUCUUUGAAUUUUUUAAACUUAUAAAACCCUUUUCAAGUUUAAUUGGUUGGAAUACAAAUCUAUUAUGCUUUUUUGUACCAUAAUUCAGAUAAUUAGUAGCUUUUGAUCCCUGUUUAUGAUUCUGACGAUGACUAAAAAUCUUUUACAUUCGUUUAUAAUUAUAACACAAAUACUAGUCAGAUUCGUCUUUAUUACAGAACUAAUGGGUUCACAAAAUAGUUUAGAAUCUAUUUAUAAUAAAACUAUUAUUUUGUUUCACUUUUUGAUAGUAAAAUACUAAUUACUUAAGAUAGUAUAUAAGGGAAUAUAAUAUAAUAAUUUAAUAUUAGAAAUUCACCAUAUGUUGGUAAUAGCUUUUUUUCUGUUUAUAAUAACCCUCUUUGCUAUAUCAUUAUAUAGGUAGGACAUAUUAUAAAAUUUUAUAAAACAUCCCUUGACAAUUUAAAUUCAUUUGCACAUUAUUUAAGUCUAGAUUACUUAUCUUUAAACAUACCAUCAGAAAUAUUGAAGCCUGUUGCCUUCUAUUAAAAAAAUAAUAAUUAAGAUUAAGUUUGGGUUGUACUGAGUUUACCGAUAAAAAAGAAUAACCAAAAAUUUCUCUUUCAUAUCAUUGAUAUGUGGAAUUUUUAAUUUCAAGUUUUAGUGUCAAAUAAUCCAGAUGACAAUAUUAAUUAAACUAGUUUUGCUUUGUAUUGUGAUUACUCUUAAGAGAUUAUAGGCUUAGAUGUAAUAGGCAAUGUCUAUGUUUGGGAUGCUAAAAAUUUUACAAACUUUAAAUACAAAUCUACAAUAACAUAAUAUGCUUGUCUAAAUCCAUUAACCGGUACUAUGCGUUAUGACAUAAAUGGAAUUUAUUUGAUAGUUGAGUGUGAUGAUUUUUAAGUUAUCAGUUUUAACAUGAUUUCUGGAUAAACUCAAAAAAUAAUCAAGCUAAGUAGUAUACAUGAUGUUUUAAAAUUUAUUGAAGAUAUUUAGCUACUAUUUACUUAUGAUUUUUCUUCUGGAACUAUUAGCAUUUUUAAAUUUUAAUCAGGCAGUUUUUAAUUAGUAAUGAACAUGUCAACAAAUUAAUAUUAAAAAUAUGAUUAUGUUGUUAAUUUCACUUAUUUUCCAGAAACAUAAAUCUUGUGGAUUUAAUACUUUUAUGCAAAUAUAUAUUUUGAAAUUGUCAAGUGCAUAAAUGAUAUUAGUUCUUGUAUGAAUUGCUCAAUGGAUUUUUAUUUUAAUACCACUGAGACAAAGUAAAGUAAUUUAAUAUAUGGCUUAGGGACUAUUGAUUCGCCUUUUUAAACUUCAUCAAGUCUUAUUACAGCUUUUUACAAUGCUAAAAAAUAUUAAUAGCUGUUUUCAGAUGUAAAAAAUAUCAAUCUAAAUAUUAUUAUUGACCCAUCAAAUACCUUUAAUUUAAUUGAAGAAUUUAUAUCAAUUGAUUUUGGAAGCAAUAUAAGUCUGAAUAUUAAAAAUUUAAACUCAUCUCAAAAAGGGUAGAUAAAUAUUACUAAUUAUAUUUAAUUUUCAAACUAUAAUUCUCUUACAUUAGACAAUCUUCUAUUUAAUUUCAAUAUCUUAACAUCAGCUAAUAACAGUUAGUAGAAUUGUGGCAUUUACUUGACAAAUGUUCAAAAUAGCUUCCUUAAUAAUUUAGAUUAUACUUCUUAAAAUUCAUUAAUUAACUGCUUCUAAAUAUAAAUUAAUAAUUCUACCACCACAAUUUCUAACAUAAUAUUAGCUAAUAAAGAUCUCUCAAAUACAAACCAGAUUGUAACCAUCGAUAAAUCAAAUUAAAUUUAUUUCAGAAAUUUUUAGUUGUUGAAUUCUACACUGAAUAGUCAAUUGAGUAUACUCAAUUAGAUAAGCGAUACUUAACUUUUUAUUGAUAAUAUGAUAAUAUAAAAUAAUAAUUGUAGCAGUUACUAUGUUAAUCCCCCUGAAUAAGUAGGAUAGCUCUUUCAGGUUGGUUAGUCUUAAGUAACUAAUUUGUUAAUAGCAAAUAAUUCUUUUUGCAACUAGAAAAUAUUUUCUACUAAUGGUAAUAUUAACUAAAAGAAUUUAGAGUUUAUCUUCCAAAAUAUUACUAUUUAAUAAAACAAAUUUUACAUUCAAGCCCAAUAUUUGUUUUUCGAUUCUAUUUAUUAUUUUAAUUCAGUUCCUUAACAUAGUCUGUACGUCAGCAAUGUUUUUAGUUCAGAUAAUUCUUAUUUCUCCUAAAUUCAAGGCUAAUAGGCAGUCAUUGAAACGUCUUCCCUAUUUUUUACGAACCAAAUAAAAAAUAUUACUCUAUAAAAUGUUACUGUCUACAAUCAAUAUGAAAUAUCAUUUUGCAUAGUUUAGUUUUCUAAUUUUGUUAAUUUAUACAACUUAACAUACUAAAACGACAAAGUAUUUUAUGAUAGAAGAAAUAAUAUAAAGUUUGGUGGUUUUAUAUAAUUCAGUGAAAUUUAGUAAUUUAACUUGAAAUUAAUGAAAGUAUCAAACAUUAGAGCAAGAGAUAAUUCAAUUAUGAGUAUCACUACAUAAUAGUAUUCAAACAUUAAUAUGACAAUUUAAAAUGUAGAGAUAUAUAAUUGUUAGUUUAAUCAAACCAAAUCAAAUUCUCCAGCUAAUCCAAUAUACAUUUCAUCACAAUAUUAUUCCAACAUAUCAAUCUAUUAAUGUUCCUUCCAUGAUAAUUUACUUAUUGGUCUAAUUAACUCUUAGAUUCAAUCUACUACAGCUUUAUAAAUUGUAAGUCCUCUAGGAGAUACUUCUAUUUUAGAAACAUAAUUUACAAAUUCAAAAUCAAACUCUAUCUAUAACUUUGUCUAUUUAUAAUCUAAUUAAAUUUUUAUCAAUCAAUGCAACUUUAAAAACUCUUCAUUUGACUUUUAAGAUCCUAUUUCACAAUUUAAGUAAGAAGGAGGGUCUAUAAGAGCAAAGUUUAAUAAUCUAGUAAUAAAUGGUACAUAAUUCGUUAACUCUACAGCAAAUUAGGGUGCUUUUAUGUACCUUGAAUCUCUAAGUAAUGAUCUAAAUAUAUAAUUAAAUUAAACAUCUUUUGUACAAGGCUAUUCUAAUUUCUAAGGAAGUGUAUUAUACAUCGAUAAUUCUAACUCAGAUUUAUUUUUUAAAUGCUCUUAAUGUAAUUUUACUGAAAUCUACUCUUUUAAUAAAGACUCUGAAGCAAUAUCUAUUAAGUACACAGAUACUCAAACUUCUAGUAAAAAAAAUACAAUCCUGAUUAUAUAAGCUUAUUUGACAAAUAUUUUAGGCUUAUAAAAUAAUUUUUUUAUUAAUUCAGCAAAUUCGAUAACAUAAUUUUAGAAUAUUUAGCAAACUUAAACUUAGAAUUUUACUUUUCCGUAACAAUUUACAAAUUAAAUUUAAAACCUGCAAUCUUAGGCAUUGGUCUAAUCUCAAAAUUCAAAUAUUACUAUUUCCAAAUCUUUAUUUAGCAAUUUAUAUAAUCUACCCAACUAGAUAUCUCCUUUGUUUAUAAACUCUACAUCCUCUAAUAUAAAUAUGACAGAUAUUGUAUUUUAAUAUAGUAAAUUUUCUAAGAGCUUAAUCAACUUUGGAAUAGGUUAGCUUAUCAUACAAAAAUCAUAAUUCCUAAAUAAUACUUAGGUAUAUUAAACCAGGUUUCUAUAAAGCUUAAAGCCAAAUUUACCUUAUUAAAAUAACUCUUUGAUCUUGAUAGAGAACUCAUAAUUACAAAUAUCUGAUCAUACUCUUUUUGAACAUAUCUAGUGUUAUUAGAAUUGCUAUGGUUCAUCAAUAUACAUGGCUAACUCAACAUUUUAAAUUGACUAGACUAAAUUUAUUUACUCUAAAGCAAUAGGAGGAGGAGCUAUUUUUAUUGAAAGUUUAAGAUCAAUCGAAAAUCAAAUAUCUAACUGUUAUUUUAUGGGGAAUUAAGCUAAAUAAGAUGGAGGAGCAUUGUAUAUUCAUGGAAAUAAAGAAGAUUAAUUUCAGUUAAAAAUAUUUUUAACUGUAUUUAACGAUAAUUUAUCAUAAUAAGGAUCUGGAGGAGCGAUUUUUAUAACUAGUGAUUCUAAUAAUUCAACAUAAUAAUAAAUUUUGAUAAAAAAUUCAAUUUUAUAAAAUAAUUAAGCAUAAAUAGGAGGAGCGAUUUAAAAUUUUGGCAUAAAUCCAUUUUAUGAUUCAAACACUAUAUAAAACAAUAAAGCUAGUUUAUAUGGUUCUAAUACAUUCUCUUAUCCUACUUCUCUAUUUUUAACAAAUGAAGUAUAAUUUAACAAGCAAUAAAACCAAAGUACUAAAUUAAUAGUUUUAAAUGAUUUUAAAAGUGGAGGAAAUCUUCCAAAUUUUAUAUUUUAGCUAAGAGAUGAUAGGAAUAUAACUGUUAUUUAACAAAAAGAUUAAUUACUAACUUCUAAAAUAUAAGUGAGUAAUAGAACAAAAAAUUCAAUCUAAUAUUACAUAAGAGGUAAUUCAGAAAUCAAUAUUGACCCUACAUAGCAUAAUUUUAAUUUUUCUAAUCUUCAACUUAUUGGAUUACCUGAAUCAUCUGCUGUUAUUCAAUUUACAUCUGAUUCAAUCAAAAUAUACAAUCCUAUUACUAGCCAAUAUGAUUCUAAUUACACGUUUGAUGUCUUUGUUAAUUUUAGAAGUUGCUUAAUUGGAGAAAUAAUAAAUAAAUACAAUAAUUUCUAAGAAUGCUAAACAUGUGAAAAUGGUAAGUAUAGCCUAGAUUAUACAAGCUGCUAUCCUUGUCCAGAUGGAGGAAUAUGUCAAAACGGUGUAAUUUAACUUGUAUAAGGAUUUUGGAGAGAAGAGUCAAAUAGUUCAGAUAUUAUUGAAUGUACCAAUAGAAAAGAAAAUUGUAUAGGAAAAACAUUUGGAAAUUAUGUAUGCAUAACUGGAAAUAUAGGUCCAUUAUGUGAAGAAUGUGACAUUUAUGGAUAGUUUUGGGGAGAGAGUUUCACAAGAAUAAAUAAAUAUCAGUGCACAUAAUGCAAAGAUUCUUAGUAAAAUCUAUGGAAGCUCUUCUUAAGUGUUUCUUGGAUUUUUUUUUCGCUUUAGAUGACAUUAAAAUAUGAUAGAGACUAUUAGAUAUCGAAAAUUCUUAUUUAAGUAAUUACUAGAAAAAGAUAAAAUAGCAGCUCUAACCUGUCACAUUUAUUAAAUUAAAUCCUAGUUUAAAAAAGCUACAUAAAAAUUUUUACAAAUUACAUUUAGAUUAUUUCUUUUGUAACUUCUUUCAAUUUAGCCAUUAAAUCAGAUUUGCUAGAAAUAACUUCAACUAUUGGAGUUCCAAUAUCAAGUUCAGUGGAUUAUUUCGAUUGUCUUUUAAGAUAUUCUAGCUCUAAAAUACCAAUGAUUUACCUAAACCAGAUUUAGUUUCAUAAAUGA